GUUUCCAGCGACGGCAGGGUGACAUGCGGAGAGCCACGCACUGGUUUAUGUUGAAACAAUUUCUAUUUAGAGUUAACCAAGCACCACCCGUCCCGUAUUCACACAAAUAAUUCGAAUUAUGUGCUGCAUCUUCUCGACAUCGACAUGCUUAUUAAUUCACACCUCCAAAAAUCCAAUUUUCAAACGAUCGUCUCUCGUCGUGCGACCGACAGAGUGUUUGGAACCCAACAAGCAAAGUAGUCGUGGCUUGCACGACGUUUGUCAAGUUGCAUGUUAACAACGAAAGGUUCAGGAACACUCUGAAGACCUAUUAUCUUCUUGUAGAUAGUCUCGAUGAGCAGGCCUCCGAAUGAUGCUAGUUUAUAGCGACUCGAUUUGUACGUGUACCCCACCCAAACAGAUAUCGAUUUUAUUUCCAAUGUUCUACCGCGGCUUUGCUGACGACCAACGAAUCAAACUCCCUCGUUGGUGCGCCAUCACGCGCGUUUUUGCAUUAGAUAGAGGCCUCUAGAAAAUUAGUUCUUCGAGGGAGUCAUCUUUCGAUGUUGUUGCUGCCGAAUCGACCCAGUCGCGCUGCGUCUGCAAGUACUGUACUUGAAACAACAGGGUAGCAUUUUUUGGCUGCUAUGUUGUAACUAAUCUUCCAAAAAUGCACAUGCACAACGUGUUGUAGUACAAAAACACCGACUAAGAACGUCACUAGAAUUACACCUGUUUUUUUCCUCACAGUUCGAGAAGUGCAGAAAUUUUGAUGGUGAAGUAGCUAAUCCCUGCAUUACUUCGCUGAGUGAAGAGCUGAACCAGUAAGCGACGGGCGAGGCAAGACUAGAAUGCACCUGAUGAAUGCGAAGAUCCAAAGUGGUUGCUUUUACCAACAAAAACAGAAUCAGCUUUCUGGUCGCGGAGGCGAGCAAAUUAGGUUUCAGUGAUUGAUUGAUGCAUGUUGCAGCUUGUAGCUGGCGCUCGGCCAAGAGGUUUCGUCGAUGGAACACAGACCAGGGUCGAUGCACUCAAAGACACGCAAAACGAUUUUUAGCAGAAAUCUAUUAAUUCAUGUUGAGCCGGGUCAGCAUUUCAACUGUCGACAACAUCAGUGUGUUGCUGCCAACAUACACUCAUUGCUUGUGCGGAUAGAAUAUGCAACAAGGCCAUCGUCCAAUAGUAGCACGUAGUAGGAGGGGACUGACCACCACGUUGGAGCACAGCGGAGUCUAUCCAGGGCUCAAUCGAAGCCCAUGGUGUGGAUCUGAACAACAACUUGUGUGGAUCUGAAAAACAAGAUCAUUCGUGGUGGCAACUGCUGCGAAACAGAGGAAGCUGCUAAGCAACACUAGAACUGAGGAUGUUGAGCGUACUAGAAAAAUAUGGAGAUUCCACUUUCCGUGAGAAUAGAUCCACAGCGGCUACUUACAACCAAGAGGUCCGAUCCUGAACCGCAAGCCGGGAUCUGUGAUGAUGAAGAUCCGAGUCCGAUCUGACCUAAUCGUGGAUCAAUCUGAUUGAGAGCUUCUUCUGAUCCGUGUCUCAUUCAGUCGUGAUGGCGCAAGUAGAAUUUCUAAAUGGCAUGCCAAUAGAUACGAAAGGAUAAACUAACCGUCAUCUCGACGUCCGUGAAAAUCAAAAUCAUAGCUAGAACAUAGAUCUCGCCCCGGGUCAAUUGUAGUCUAGUAGUUCCCUCAUCCUGGAAUGACAAUGAGUUCUGUAAAGUAGUUUUGCCUUUUCACCUUCUCCUCCUGCAGACACGGACUACCGAAGUCCUACACCUUACGACUAUUCACCACGACAUUUUUUCGUGCCUGCGAUUUAUAACAUUUUUCACCGUGGUUUUUUCAGUUUUUUGGAAAACGCACCAAGAUGUCUCAACCGCAAACCACCGUUAUUGUCACCCCGCCGCCGGCGGGCGCGGCUUGCCGCGACGAUUCCAACCCGAUUGGAACUUUCGGGUGCGAUAAGCGCGUCAACCCGGGCUGCUGUGUCAAAUUUUUUUGCUCCGAGUGUACGGUCACCAAUUACGAGGGGCUUUCCUUGUUGGCGAUCAUCGGUAUCUACUUCUGCGCUAAUUUUUUGUCUUUGAUAAGGAUGUGUUUAUGCCUAUGCAUCUUCGAGCACUUGAUGAAGCGGGUAUUUCUGAAGUUGCAUUUUUUGUAUGCAGAUGGACACGACGUUAGCAGCGAUUACAAUCACCCGCGUGAAUCAGUCUGCGUUCUCAGUCACGAGAAAGAGAUUUUCUGCCCCUCCUGUGAUAAAAGCGUCUUUGGAAAAGCAUAGAUAUAACAGCCCAAAUACGAAAAAAAAAAACAGGUUGGAUCCUGAUGCUGCUUCCGGGUGCGGGUCACGGUUUGUUUGGUCUCUACGUGUGCUGCUGCUACCAGCCCCCGCUUUUGGGUGUGCACUACGGGAAACCUCGCAUCAACGUCGUUGGCGGCCCGGUCAAUGUCGUCCACGCGCAUGCUGGCGAAGACGAGCAUUUGCGCUACGAUGACUUUGAUGAUUCAGAUGACGAGCGCCUGAUGCCGUAA